AUGGAAGCUUAUGUCAAAGUAGACAGUUGCCCAGAGGAACCCCAACUACGAAUGAAAAAUAAUGAAGAAGCGGAAGACUAUGAUGAUGAUCUUGCUGAUUCUGAAAUGGAUGUGGUCAGGUUUGAUGAUGACAACUCUCCUUCCUUUAUCCAAAUUCGCUCAGUUGCCAAGAAGCAUCCUAAAACUUGGGUACAUUACAUUGCUGCUGAAGAGGAGGUCUGGGACUAUGCUCCCUCAGUCCUCGCCCCUGAUGACAGAAGUUAUAAAAGUCAAUAUUUGAACCAUGGCUCUCAGCGGAUUGGUAGGAAGUACAAAAAAGUCCGAUUUAUGGCAUACACAGAUGAGACCUUUAAGACUCGUGAAGCUAUUCAGUAUGAAUCAGGAAUCUUGGGACCUUUACUUUAUGGGGAAGUUGGAGACACAUUGUUGGUAAGUUGAGGAAAAGAUUUAAGGUCUGGUAAGAAGAAAAAGUCUGGAGAGUUUUGAGUUUCUAAAAUACUUCAUAAUUCAGCCUUGUCUCCAAUGGACAUGAUCUUUUAAAAGCUAUAAAUGUUACACAAAUAAUAGCUGAUUGCACGUAUUUGAAGUAUGAGUAUAUAGAAUAAAAGUCUAAUGUCACC